CUCAGACCCUGCGUCAUUUCUCAACCUGUGGCUCCAGCGGCCGCACUGGGAGGCGUGAGUCCCAGUUAGAGUCUGUGUUCACCGCGGACUGUCACGUUUCCUCCGCCGGAGUGUGAGCCCGUCGUGGGGCUGCUGUGCAGAUGGAGCUGAGCAGGAGGAAAGUGCCUCUGUAUGGCCAGGCCAAAGUGUUUGCUCUGCUGGAGGGUUUAGAUCCGGUGCCGAUGGGUGCAGAGGUCUACAUUGUUCUGGAAGGAUCCACGCUGGUCCAUGUCGCCAGAGCUCAGAGUGACGUCAUGCUCUGCUUUAUAGUGCCUGGACACAACCUGGCUGAGACGGUCUCUGUCCAGGCCUACCUGAGCUCUGAAAACACGCCCCUCACCUGGGUGGGCGGAGCUUCACUGGAGUACAUCCAAGAUGAUGCUCAGGACCUUGCGGAGCACCUGGUAAUCCACGCACAUUGUCUGAGUUCCUCAGAUCACAAGGAGCUGAGGAGCCUCUUCAACGUGGGCCAGGAGAGCUCUCGCUGGGCCAUGGACCGUCGCGUGGCCCUGGCCGUGGCCAACCUGGAUAUCCCACAGAACUGGAAUGUACUGGGGAGCCACAGUGGAGACGAGCACAGUCCCAGGGAGUCUCCCCUCCACCUGGCCGUACGCUGGGGUCUCUGCAGGCUUGCGGAGCUGUUGCUCUGCCAGCCGGGGGGUUUGAUGGCUGUCAGUCUGCCGAACGAAGAGGGCGUCACGCCGCUGCAGCUGGCACAGGACGCGGGCAACCUGGACCUCCUGGAGCUGCUCACACACCCACCCAACCCCCUGGCCACGCCGCCCGCAGGUCUGUCCCAGGUGUGGGCAGACCGCUCCCGCUUGCUGCGGUUCUGCCACGACACGGGGAACCUGACACUGACCGUCCGACAGAACCUGAGGUGGAGCACAGAGGAGAGUCGCCAUGCUGACAUCCUGCUGCUGAGAGAGCGGCUCAGAGACGAGGACUUCCUCCGGGAGAUAAAAGCUCUAAGGAGGGAACGGGUGGAGACCAUCUUAGGGAAGGAAGAACUGGUGGAUGAUCCUUCAGAGAACGCGCCGUAUCCAGAUCUCAACGAUGGAAACUUUACCGUUGAAGAAAAUGUCCUCUGUCUCUUCACCCAGGACUAUGAGGAUUCGCUCAUGUUUUGCCUGAACGAGGAGGACGGAGAGGACGACCCAACCCCGUCUGCUUCUGAGAAAAGCCAGUCCAUAAGGGAGAACCAGGCCUCCUCUCCGACUCUGGCCGCAGCUGCCCGACUGUCGGCGAUGAUACACGGCAAAGACCGAGUCUACGCCAACACCAUGCUGGUCGACCAGGUGGAAGACGCUGACAUCAGAUACCGCUCCCCAGGGGAGGAAGAGGUGAACCCAGCAGCCCGUGUUGGCAGCCAGUGCUGGGAGUCCUUCUCCCCGACGCCCCCUGACUCAGGGAACUGCUCCCAGAGCCGGCACACAUCCUCACCCCACAAUGAGGAGAGGGGAAUCCAAGGCCCCGGCCCGGAGAAUCACAGGGAGCCAUCCCCGCGCACCUCUCCCCUCUCUCCCUCGGCUGCCUCCCCGUCUUUUCCUUCCUCCCCGCUGGCUUCCGCUUUCCGUUUGUUCGAUGGAGCACAGAGACGUCACAGGCAGUCGUGCCUGCCAGCGUCUCCUGCUUUGAAUCGCAGGGGAUGCAGCCUGACUGAGCCAAGCCGGGGCCUGAGUCCCAGUCUUGAGUGCGACAGUGGGGAAGAGGACAUACUGGGACAUUCCUACCCCUGCUCAUCUUUAAAGAAGCAGUCCUUCCUGCGAUCCAGCUCCGGAGAGGAGAGGGACUCUUUCGACACGUCGCCCGACUUCAACCACCACACACACCCCAACAGCACACAGACGUCCACCAAGAACCCGGAGGAAGCCGAGGUUCGCCUGCGCUCCUACUCCUACUCCUCCCCCAAAGCAAAACUGUCACGGCCGCUGCUAAAUCGAGACGCAGCCAUCAGCGACCUGGCAGAAGAUGGUGCGUUCAGCAGCAGCGGCCGCUCUCUACUUCAGGCUCUAUCUCUCUCUAAAUCCCUCUCUCGCCUCAACCAAGUUAAGCAGAGAGCGUUCAGCCUGACGGAGACGCCCAGAGAGAAGAGGGUUUUGGGUUUCCGUAAGCGGGCCCAGUCAACAGAGGAGGAGAGCAGCGCAUCAGUCCAACACCUCACCCUCACAGAGUUCCUCAAAGAGAUCGAGGACGAGGAGUGGGAUAAAUACAUUAUCCCAUCGAAGACCGAGUCGGAGAAGUACAAAGUCAGCCGGACCUUCAGCUUCCUGAAGAGCAGGAUGUCCAGCACCCGCAACAAGACCAAGGUGAAGGGGAAAGAGGUGAAGGAGGGGAAGGAGAAGUCAGGAGCCGCCAACGGCCACCAGUUUGUCCCCGUGUCUCCAUCUGGUCCCGCUCUCUGUGUGGCCUGCGAUAAGUCCGUUUCUGGGAAGGAGCUUCUCCAGUGCUCCAACUGUUUCCUGAACGUCCAUAAGAACUGCAGAGAGUCUGCUGCAGCCUGUGGGAAGAAGCUGCAGGAGAGGAAUUUAUCGCUGGUGAAAAGCAAAACCUCGUCUCUCCCACAGAACUUUUUGAGAGACAACUCUUCAGCCUCCAUUUUCUCAUCUGCUGCCUCCUCUUCCUCGUCACUGCCAGCGAUGACCAGAGAGAAGAGGGAAACACUCGCCCCUCUCACCAAAAGCCUCUCCCUCUCUAUAGACAGCAGACGGCUGAGUGACUCAGCAGCGGUGGAGGGAGAGUUCAGUGUGACGGCGUGCGCCAACAGUUCACUGUCUGAUGAGGGAGCGCCGGUCACAGCCACUCCCCCAUCCAGCGACCAGCCAAUCAUCGCACAGGAUGCUGUCGAUGCUCCGCUACUCAGCGACUUCUCGGCCGACCUGCUCGGACUCGAUGUCGAGUCGUGGAGUCUGGCGGUUUGUCCGGAGUUCUGUCGACUACACGAGAGGCACACGGUCAAACGGCAGGAUGUUAUUUACGAGCUGAUGCAGACGGAGCUGCACCACAUCCAAACCCUGACGGUCAUGUCCGAGGUGUUCCGGAGAGGGAUGGUAGAGGAGCUGCAGCUCGACUGGGAGUGCGUGGCUCGAAUCUUCCCGUGCUUGGAUCCCUUGCUCCUCUUUCACAAGAACCUCUUCGGAGCACUGCAGGAACGCCGGCAGGCCGAAUCCCAACCCGAGAACCACCGGAACUAUCUCAUCCACCAGAUUGGAGACAUCCUGCUUCAGCAGUUCUCAGAUGAAAAUGCUGAGAAGAUGAAGCAGGUGUACGGUGAGUUCUGCAGUCACCACACUGAGGCUGUCAAUGUCUUCAAAGAGCUGCAGCAGCAGAACAAGAAGCUCCAGAACUUUGUCAGACAACAGAGCAACAACUCUCUGGUCCGACGGAGGGAGGUGCCUGAAUUCAUCCUGCUGGUCACUCAGCGCAUCACCAAGUAUCCAGUGCUGCUGGAGAGGAUAUUACAUUACACUCAGGAGGGAAGUCAGGAACACGCUGACCUGUCGCGUGCCCUGGUUCAGAUCCGUGACAUCAUCGCCGCCGUGGACCUGACUGUGAAUACGUACGAGAGGUGGCAGGAGCUGCAGGAAGUCAUGGCCCGGCUGGAGAACAAGAGCUUUGCCAAGCUGAAGAACGACAAAGUGUUUCGCAAACAGGACCUGCUCAACAAACACAGGGUUCUGCAGCACAAAGGGCUGGUCUUCUGGAAGACUGCCACAGGACGUCUGAAAGACACUCUGGCACUGCUGCUCACAGACGUCGUGGUUUUCCUACAAGAGAAAGACCAGCGCUUCAUAUUUGCUGCUGUUGACCAGAAGCCUCCAGUGAUUCCUCUGCAGAAGCUCAUCGUCAGAGAAGUGGCCAACGAGGAGAGAGGGAUGUUCCUUAUCUCCGCCUCCGCGGUGGGACCAGAGAUGUAUGAAGUUCACACCACCACCAGAGAGGAGAGGAAUGCGUGGAUGAGACACAUUCGACAAGCUGUAGAGAGGUGUCCUGAGGAAGAGGAGGAGGAGGAUCGAAGUGCCGAGUCAGAGGAGGUGAGGCGAGCUGCAGAGGCGAGGGGCCAGAAGAUCACCAAGUUCCAAGAGAAUCUGUUGGGUCAGGAUCAGCAGAUCUGCACCAGCCUAGAGGAGAAGCUGCAUCUGUACGCUGAGCUCACCGAGUUAACCCUCCACUCCCCAGAAGCUGUGCCACAUCGCCACCUGCUGGUUCAAGCGGACACAGACAGUGAGACGCUGCCAGAGGCGUCCUCACUGCUCACAGCCGCACUCAGAGAAGCAGAGAACCUGGUCAACAUUCUCCAGGCUCGAGACGGCGUCCCCGUCCGAACUCCCAGCUCUCCUGUCCGAGGACCCGAGUGCUGCAGCUACAACAGUCACGGCAGCAGCAUCCAGGAGUCUCCCUCUGAACCCGAUUAUCUCAGCACGCUCAGCAUGAGCUCCACGUCUCUCGGAUCGGACUCGGAGCUGACGGGGCUGGACGGUGUGCUGUGGAGCUCUGCCGUGGAGCUGAGGAGAGGAGACAACAAAGGGACCAUGUUAAAGGUGGCAGAGAGCGUGCAGAGCCUGACUCAGCUCCUCUACAGUCUGCAGGCUGCUGUGACGCUUCAGGACAGCUGCUAUGAAGUCCAGAAAGUCCUCCUCCAGGAGGGAGAGAGACCUCAGCUCCGAACCCUCUCCUCUCUCCAAAACUGUCUGGAGCAGGAGAAGCAGAGGAGCCUCGACAAGAAGAAAGAGGAAGUGGAAAAGAAGGGAUCAGAGAGGAAGAAAGAGGAGGUGGAUGAGGUGCAGAAGCUCCACCUGAGGCUGAAACAGGAGCAGCAGCGAUGGGACAGAGAGUGUCUGGUCAGAGAGAAGCAGCAGAGUGAGCAGGAGAGCGUCCUGGAGCAGCGAGAGCAGCAGUGCCUCCUGGAGGCGGAGCGUCUCCGCUGUGAGCGUGAGGAGCUGGAGGCGCAGCUGCUGGAGUAUCAGCAGAACCUGGAAAGACUGAGGGAGGGCCAGAGGAGUGUGGAGAGGGAGAAGGAGCAGAUUGAGAACCAGCAGAAGAUUCUCCAGAGCUGGAAACACAGCCGCCAGAGCAGCUUGCCUGUAACAAUACCACUGGAUGGAUUCAAGGUGUCCAACCACAGCCGCACAGGAAGUCUGGAUGGCAGCUCUUCGGUUUACGAGAACGAGGCGGCCCUGCUCGCCUCUCUCCAGCAGAAACACCCCCUCCAGCCCGGGAACAACAACCAGUGUCUGCACUCCACGUCCAGGAAGAACCAAGAUGGCCCCCCAAGCUCCAGCUACACCGCCAGCCUGGGCCUCAGCGCCAGCCUCUACAACAGCCUGAACGCCCUGCUGAGUCAGGCUCACAGCAAACAGCCUCCAGGCGGCCUGACCUUCCCAAACUGCAGUAACAGCCACAGCUGCCCCCUGAACGACUCGGUCCACCCGUUCAGCGGCAGGGUCACCGCGCAGCCGCAGAGGAGCAGCAACACAGACUUCAGCCCACCGCUGGACAGGGGAUCCCUGGGUCCCUGGAGGUUUGAGGUCACAGGUCACGGACUUUGCGAGGACUACUCCUCCUCCCCCUCUCUUACCCCACUCCUCCCCCCGCAGGCUUACCUCUCCCUAGAGGGACCGAACGGGGAGGAAGGAGGUGAGGAGAACGUUGUUUAUCUCUGAGAAACCAUCCGAGCUUCCUGACGUAUAACUGGACCAACAGAAUUGUACUUGUUGCUUAUAUGUGUUUGUGAAUGUUUGCAUUUGCAUCCGUCUGAAUGUGACUGAUGCAGAGUUUAUGUUUAAAAACCUGUAUAAUCGCAUAAGGGAAUAGUUGCAAGGAGGGAGUAUAUGCCGAAAUACUGUGUGUGCCUUUAUCAGCGUAUAUCCGCCAUUAUUCCUCCUCUUCCUGCAGUGUGGUCAAGCCAUUGUGCCUUUUUGCAAAGAAGCUCUUUGUAAAUCAGCUCUUAUACUUUCACUGCCUGUGUUUUCACUUCUGUCACGAUUCGUUUUUUUUUUUUAUAUCUGUCGGACACGUUGGAUGACCGGCACACCUUCGUGCUACAGUCACUGGGACCUGAGGCGUUAGGACACGUGGACAGAAGUUGUGCUGUGUUUUCCCGGGAGCACUUAAAAGAAACUAUUUGAGAAGUUAAUUAUUAUUUGAGUCUAUUUAGAGAGUGCAAAUAUUUCUCCACAUCACCUUUUAAUAAUAUUUAUGAGGGAUUAUGAGCAUCUGAAAGUAAAUAAAUAUACUGACAUUAUUGUAUAAAAAUCUGAUAUAUGUAUAGUUUUAUGGAAAGGCUACCUAUGCACACUACUCUGGAAGAGCAACUCCAUUUUUCUCACACAAGUGCCAAAAAAAUCUUUAUCUAUCUGAUACUGUAAUUGAUUUCUGUAAAAAACAAACAAAAAAAGGCUGUAUUUUUUCUGUUAAUCUCCUUUUCUGAUUAUUUAUUGUGUGUAAAUUGCUUCAUGCACUGUCAACAGUAAUAAUAUGUGCGUUUGAUAUGUAUUCUGUUGUAAUCUCUGUAAUCACAAAUUGUGAUGUGCCAUAUUAAUAUUGUGCUGUACAUAAAACUACUGUGGAAAUCAUCAGCUUUUAGUGUGUUUUGCUUUGUGUCAAACAAAAACAAGAACAUCAGCUUGAAAUUUGUACAAUCACAGGUUUUGAUGUGACAUUAAAAUGUGAUAUAAUGAU